UGAACCGACGAUCUCGAGAUCCAAAAAUCUCGAAAUCGUGAUUUCUAAACGAAGAAUCCACCUGCAAAAACAUAGAAACAAUAUACCAAGAACGAUUAUAACAAGAUUUCGACCUAAAGUCUAAUCAAAAACCUUUUUAUGUUGAUUUUGAAAAAAUUGAUCGAUUUGCGAGAAUGAUCUUUUUCGAACGAAGUUUGAAGAUAAAUGAUGUCGAAUUCGAAGGAUGUUGAUGAAUGAGAUUUCGAACUAAGAACUACCUAGGUAGUUGUUAAUGGUAAAUGGAGAUGGAGUUUUGUGAAAUUGGUCUGAGGAGAAGAAGAAGGAGAAACGGCGGCAGGAGCUCUGAGAUGCGAAACGUUCGGAUCUUUUGCGAAAAAUUUUGAGAAGCAUAAGGAUGAGAGGUUUUACGAGGGCUUAUAUAUGCGAGAAGAUUUUGGACCUCCUCUUUAACAAUUUAGCCCGAAAUAUUGGGUUGGCACACAGUGCCCUUUUAAAAGAUUUUCGAGGCCCAAAUCAGUAAAAAAUAGAGAGCUCCCCCUUAAUCAGUGAAAAAUAGCUCCCCCUCAAAAAAUGCAACGAACAAUAUGUACAAAUGCAACGCACACACACUAUUUUUUGUUCUUUUUUAUUUUUCACACAAACUCAACCCAUGCAACACACGCACACUAUUUUUUGUUAUUUUUCUGGUUUUCUCCCCCUCAACACAUGCAACACACACACACUUAUUUACAAGUCACACGCACACACACUUUUUACAAGUCCCACACACACACACUUUUCAGAUCAGUGGAGACAAAUGUUAAGCGAGCUCGAGGUUCAACAUGCCCAACUUGGAGACUAGGAACUGGAAUCUUUUUUCAUCCAGUGCCUUAUUGAACAAGUCAGCCAGUUGAAGCUCUGAGUUUACAAAAUACAUGUCAAUAUCUCCUUUCUCCACGUGAUCCUUGAUGAAAUGAUAGCGCAGGUCGAUGUGUUUGGUGCGGGAGUGAUGAACUGGGUUGCUGGUGAUGGCGAUGGCGCUCUGUGAGUCACUGUAGAUCGGGAUAUGGCGGAGAGUGUAACCGUAGUCCUUUAGCUGGGUCUUCAUCCAUAAUAUUUGUGAACAACAGCUAGCAGCCGCGACGUAUUCUGCCUCGGCCGUAGAUGUUGACACACAGUUCUGUUUCUUGGAAGACCAGCAGACUAACUUAUCGCCCAAGAACUGGACAGCUCCCGAUGUACUUUUGCGGUCCAUCCGGCAACCAGCAAAGUCAGCAUCCGAGUAUCCGACUAGGUCAAAACCUGAGUGCUUGGGAUACCAAAAGCCUAGAUUCACGGUGCCUUUGAGGUAUCUCAGAAUUCUUCGAACAUCGGUCAGAUGGGAUUCCUUCGGAUUUGCCUGAAAGCGUGCACAUAAGCAUGUGGAGAAGACAAUGUCAGGCCUGCUUGACGUGAGAUAUAGCAAAGAUCCAAUGAUGGCCCUGUAGUUUGUAGCAUCAAUUGGCUUCCCGGAGGGAUCGAAGUCCAGUUUGUUGUUUGGGGACAUGGGGGUCGUCAUGGAAGAUUUGCCAUCAAUGUUGAAUCUCUUAAGCAUUUCCAGAAUAUACUUUGACUGAUUGAUGAAAAUGCCGUCAGAGAGUUGUCUUACUUGCAGGCCUAGGAAGAAAUUCAGUUCGCCCAUCAUGCUCAUCUCGAACUUGGUUUUCAUCAGUUUCUCAAAGUGUUUGCACAGACAUGGAUUUGAGGAGGCGAAGAUAAUGUCAUCAACAUAGAUCUGAAUCAGGAUGAUGUCAGACUUCUGUCGUUUGAUGAAAAGUGUGGUAUCAAUCUUCCCUUUUGAGAAACCUGAGUCAACCAGAAAUUCGGUUAAUGCAUCAUACCAAGCUCUUGGUGCCUGUUUCAACCCAUACAGAGCUUUCUUUAGCUUGUACACAUGGUCGGGAUAUCUGGGAUCUACAAAUCCUUCGGGCUGAGCGACAUAGACUUCUUCUUCCAAGACUCCAUUCAGAAAGGCAGUCUUGACGUCCAUUUGAAAGACGGUAAAGUUCUUGUGGGCCGCGUACGCAAGAAAAAGGCGGAUUGCUUCAAUUCUUGCUACGGGUGAAAAUGUUUCAUCAUAGUCUAUGCCCUCUUGUUGAUUAUAUCCUUUAGCGACCAGUCGUGCCUUGUUCCGUAUCACUAUGCCUUCUUCGUCCUUCUUGUUCUUGAACACCCAUUUAGUGCCAAUGAUGGUUUUCUGAGGGGGUUUAGGCACGUGUCCACACGUCUAGUCUGUCAAACUGAUUGAGCUCAUCUUGCAUGGAAAUCACCCAAUCUGGAUCAGCGAGUGCCUCUGAGACUUUGGACGGUUCAUUCUUGCUUAGAAAACAUGCAUAGUGACAUUCAUUUGUUGUUGCUGAUCUUGUUCGCACACCUUGACUUGGAUCACCUAUUAUCUGUUCAACAAGAUGUGCUCUCGUCCACUUCCUCUCAUGAGCUAGAGGAGUUGGAGUAAUUUUUGGUUGAUCUGAGUCCUGAUAUGAGUUUGAAGGCUCUGGGGCAGCUGUGGUGUGUAGUGGAGAUGAUUCCGGACUUAUAGCAAAGUCGUGAUCAUCCACACCUCUGGGAUUGGUUUGAGGGGUUGAGGGUGUGGAUGGUACAUCAUCUGGUCCUGUGAGGAGCGGAAUCUCUGCUGUUGGAGUUGAUGUUGACUCUGGAGUGUAUGCAGGAGGUGGAGGUUGUGAGUUCUCCUAAAAGUUUCUGAAGAGAGAGUCGAGAAUCACAUCGUCGUGUUCGGUGUUUGGUUCAGCUUUAUCAGAAGCUACUGGUACAGCAGUUGAUGGAUCGGUCUGGAGAUGUUCAAUUGCAAAGUCUGCCAUUUCAUAGAAUGUAACAUUUACACUCUCGAUGACAGUCCGCUUGUCUCUGAGAUAGACUCUGUAAGCUUUGGAUUGCAGUGAGUAGCCAAUGAACACGCCUUCUCUGGCUUUGGGAUCCAGCUUACUUCUCUCUGUCCGAUCAUUGAGUAUGAAGCACUUGCAGCCAAAAACCUUGAGGAAAGAAAUAUCAGGAGUUUUGUUGAAUAGGAUCUCAUAUGGAGUCUUGUCGAAGCGCUUGUGGAUGAAGGUUCUGUUCUGAGUGAAGCACGCAGUAUUGAUUGCCUCUGCCCACAUGAAGUGAGGCAGUCUUGAUUGAAUUAACAUGGUGCGUGCUGCUUCAACAAGGGUUCUGUUCUUUCUCUCAACAACUCCGUUCUGCUGGGGAGUUUUAGCUGCUGCAAAUUGCUGAGUGAUACCGAGUGAUUCAUAGAACUCAAUGAGAGUCUGAUUUUUGAACUCAGUACCAUUGUCAGUUCUAACAAUUCGAACACUGUGCUGUAGCAGUUUAUGGAUCGUUCUGAUAAAGGUCAUAAUGUUUUCCGCAGCUUCGUCUUUUGAACGGAGAAAUUUUGUCCAUGUAUACCUAGAGAAGUCAUCAACGAUCACCAGAGUGUAUUUGCGACCGUUGAUGCUUUGUACUCUCAUAGGUCCACACAGAUCCAUGUGUAUUAGCUGCAACUGAUGAGUAGAUGAAGGUUCGGUUUUUGACUUGUGGGAGCUUCGCGUCAUUUUGCCCAUUUUGCAGGCACUGCAAUGAUUUUCAGCGGAAGACUUUAGCAGAGGAAGCCCCUUGACAAGUUUCUUGGAGGACAAGGUUGAUAGAUGUUUGAAGUUCAGAUGGGAGAGACGUCUGUGCCAUAGGUUGUUCUGUUCAGUUGAAGCUUUGGACAGCAGACAGAUGGAAGUGGUGGAUUGGACGCUUUUCAGAUCAAUAGUGUACAGAUUUGAUGUUCUGUAACACGUUAAUAAUGUAUUCCCUGUGUUGUCAAGAACACAGCAUUGUUUUGCAAAGAACCUCACUUCCAUCCCGCUGUCACAGAAUUGUCCAAUGCUCAGUAAGUUGUGUUUGAGCCCUUUGACGAAUGAAACAUCUUUUAUUGUGACACUGGCACAGACGACGUCCCCAUACCCAAGGAUAGGAGAUGAGGCGUCAUUCCCGAAUCUGACAUUUCCUCCGUAGCAGUUGGUGUAGUUGCUCAAAAGGUGCUUUAUUCCGGUCAUGUGGGUUGAGCAUCCUGAGUCUAAGUGCCACACAUGACCGUCCUGCAAAACAAUCAAAUAGGUUUAGGUACCCAACUUGGAGUGGGUCCUUCCUUAUUAUCAAGAAACACCUUUUUAAAUCUUGCUUUGAGCAGUGAUCCAAGGUCAGCUGCUCUUUCAACAAAAGAUCUAUCUUUGAUGGGGUUUCCAAUAGCCAGAUCUGCUUUUGCAGUGUGUCUGGUUUUUGGAGUCCACCUAGCAGUUUCCAUUUUGGUGGGUCUGAUGUUGUGAACCCACCUUUCCAUUUUAGUCCUGGUGGGUCUAAGUUUGGGGACCCAACUUUCAGUUGCAGUUUUGAUGGGUCUUCGAUUGGGAACCCACCUUUCAGUUUCAGUUUGGAUGGGUCUUCGUUUGGGGACCCACCUAUCCGUUUUAGUUUUGGUAGGUCUCAUCUUGGGGACCCACCUAUCUGUUUCAGUUUUGGUAGGUCUCAUCUUGGGGACCCACCUCUCAGUUUUAGCUUUGACGGGUCUUAUCUUGGGGACCCAUCUUUCCGUUUUAGGUUCAGGAGGAGAGUAGACAGGUGCUUUGUGAUUGAACGGUUGUUUCUUGAGUUUGGUUUUGAAAAUCUCCUCCUUAGAAAGCCAAUUAAGAUGUUUCCUAGAAUGAACUCUAAGGGUGAUGGAUAGUCUACCCGGGGGUAUAUAUCCAAAGGGUUAUUACGGGGAAUAACUUAGAGAGAAGUCAGAGCAAGUAAGUAAAAGUAGAGAGAGAGUGUAUUCAGUAUGAAUGCCGUUUUCAGCGUGGUUACAAAUGAGGAAAUGGGGUGCUAUUUAUAGUAGCAAUAAAUGCCGGGCAGGGACACGUGUCAAGCGCUCAUUGGUCGAGGGGUCACCUCAACUGGUUGGCGCUGGCAGCCGCAUGUGGCCGCAUUUAAUGCGGCUGUUGGAUGGGACGUCUGUGCGGGGCACGAUGAUCUGUACGCAUGUGAGGCGGAUAUCUUGUCGAGUGAGAUGCCUUCGGCUAUAGAGCAGUAACCGAGGGCUCUUCCACCCGAUGGCACCCUGGUGCCGAGGGCUCAUAGUGCCGAGGGCUACUGUUUUCGCCGUUUUCUCCCAGUUUCUUAAUUUGCUUGAGAAACCCGUUCUGUGAGAAUUUGGAGCCUUCGGCCAGGGGGCCGAAGGCACCCCUGGCGCGUAGCGUGGGCUGCUUGGUACUCUGGGCGCUGUGAUUUGGGCCUGUUGGUCCUGUUGGGCCUUCGCUGGAGUAGUAGGAGUCUGUGGGCCGGGGGUUCCCGGGCCAUAUACUCCAUCAGGAGUCCCUCACUCCUUUUGCCGAAAGGUACUUGAGGGAAAAGGAGUAAUUUGUGCUUGCCCUUUGAUGUUGUCCCGUCAUGAUCUCUGAAGUUGGUGAGGAGUUGUUGCUUUUAUGUCCCUGCCGAAGGCAGUCCCUCAGUUACCCACAUGUCGGGACUUGAGGGCUUGCUUUGUUGUUUGUUGGAAUUUCACAGAUUUUGUAAUUUAAUGAUCUUCCCGAGGGGGUCCUCCAGUCCCCCACUCCUUGAGGCACUUGUAGAGUGGUGAAAAGGAGUAAAGUAGUUAUGUUGCUGUUGUGGGCCGAAGGCUGACGCUUUUCGUUUCAUUUUGGGGGGAUGCUUCGUUAAAAACCUCAUUAGGAAAAACCCUUUGGGAAAAAAUCCUAAUGAGGGAAAAAGAGUGCACCGAAUUCCCCCAAUGAUGAAUCGAAAAUGUCAAAUCUUGGUAAAAAAUGGAGAAUGACGGGAAUGCUGAAGGCUCUCUCUUCUGAGGGCUCCUGUGUUGAUUAACCGAAGGCUUGCUGUUGAUGUCCUGGUGGCGCCGAAGGGGAGCCUCUCAAUCCAGGGAUCGAGGGCCUGUCAGAUGAAGGCAGCAGUGGAGUUGUUACCGGGGGGUCCACUGUUUGUUUAUUGGUUGGUGAUGAAGAUACCCGAGGGCUCCCAUUACCUGUGUGUCGUGGGUCAUCCGUCAAUGAGGCAACUCCCCGGGGGCUACCCGGUUUUGCAGUGCUGAGGGGGAAUCCCCGAGGGGGUGUCCUGAUAUGAAGCCCUGGGUUUCUGAAGGAGUGAUCCCGAAGGCGUGUGUAAUGUGCUGUGUGGGGCACAACCCGGGGGCACUUCUGGGUGAGUGCACCCGGAGGCUAUCCUUGAUGAAGUGGAGUGAAGUAGAAAACCCGGGGGCUUCCAGAAUAUAGCCGUUGGAAAUAUAGUCGUUGGAAUAUGUAACGACAGGAUAUAGCUGUUGGGGGGUGGCACACGUGGCGUGUGAUGGCUGGCUGUUCGUGGGCGGCGUCACCGGUUGGGUGAAACGGCGGUGUGUAAUGAUGGUGGUCCGUCCGGAGGCCCGGAAUCCAGGCCCAAGCCCGGAUUCAUCGCCUAUAAAUACCCCAAGGCAAGAGCCAUUUCCCCUGUGCGAACUCAGUUGUCUUAGCGAAGCUCUGCCAAAAAAUCUAGUGAGAGAAACUCAAGCCUUCGGUCCUAACUCAGCUUUCGAGGUCAGUGCUCCCUGCCUUUCUCCUUCUAGUAUAGCGGUACGUUGCGCCCUCGGUUUAGGAGAUAGAAUUCACUAGAAACCUUAGUUCCCCCGAACCCUCGAGCUAGAGAUAGAAUGUCGUCUCAGAGUGACUCUCAGGACAUCUCGAGGACGCCCUCGAUGGAGGACGAGGGCAUCUCCGACGUGGAGUCCAGCAGUGGCCAGCCCUCGGACGGCGCUGAUGCCGUCCUGGCCCGGGAGGUCCAGAAGGAACUCAUUGCGGAGGUCGAAGCCGAGGGCUUCGAGCAGGAGUGCGAGGAUGAAGACUUAGCCCUCGCAUGGCAAACAGCGGAGGAUGAGGCACAGAAUGAGAGCUCGAAGGUUACGAUUGUUGUUCUCCCCCCUCGGGGUUCCGGGGAGGCCAGUAGCUCGAGGCCGUUGGAUCCGAUACCUCUGAGGGCGGUUUCCGGUUUGAAGAAGAAGAAGGCCGCUACCAAGAAGAAGGAGAGGGCCGUCGAUCAAGGAAAGCCCGUGGACAUGCCCGAGGGGUACAGUUGGCUGAACACUGAGGCCCUCGAGAUCAGGUUGAAGGCUGACAGGGCAGAUCUGUACGUGACUCAGCUGCACGUGGGGCCCUCGGCCGAAGUGGUGGAGCCAGGUCCCGACGACGUGUUGUCCAGGGCGCCCGAGGGGUGUAUCGCUAUUCACGUCCUUUCGAUUUCCAUGGGACUUAGGUUCCCUCUGCACCCAUUCCUCCGGGAAUAUUUGAGGUUUGUGGGCUUGGUCCCCUGCCAACUCACGCCCAACAGCCACUCCUACAUUGCGGGAUUCCUCCAGCUCUGCAAGUCCCGAGGGGUGAAGCCCAGCCUGGAUCUAUUCUUCCAGAGCUUUAAUUUGUGCCGGGGGGGGGGGGGCACGAAAACGGCGAGGGGUAUGCCAACCUGCAGCAGAUUGCCCGCUUCAAACUAUUCUCCGAUGCUCCUUCUUCCAACAAAGGAUGGAGGGAACGUUGGUGCUACGUAAAGUUGGAUGAGAGCCCAUUCCCGAGGGAGCUGCGUGAUCGAUUCCGAAGGCACGAAAAGAUCAGGAGUGCCGCUCUCGAGAAAGACGGCCUAAAGCUGGCCAAGUUCCCGGAGGGGAAAAAUAAGAACGUGGCGAUCAAAGACUGCACCCUCGAGGAGAUUUAUACACCCUCGGGUUCCGGAGGUACCGCUUCAUAGGGGAGACCGAUGAAAAGUACCCUCCCUUCAACAAGGCCUUCGGAGGGGCCGGAGGUAGGAGCCGAGGGCUUUAGAAUUUUGUACUUAGUUUUUUUUUUGCUUGGAUGUUAUUGUCCCUUCGCUUAGACCCGUCGGACUAACCCUUUGUCUCCUUUGUGCAGGUAUCCCCGUCUCUAUGGUGAACGUAAAGGGCCUUGCUCGUCUGAAGAAACAGGACCCGAAGGGGUCGGGACAGGGCAUCCAGAAGCCCGCCACUGCCCUCUUUAAGAAAGCCGAGGGUGAUGCCGCUGCCGGCAAGAGGAAGGCAGCGACCAAGGGGUCCCCCCCGGCUACCAAAAAGCCGAAGAAGGGGGAUGUCGUCGAGAAGGAGCCCCCGGUCAUUAUCGCUGAUGAGCACCCCGCCUCCGGGGUGCAUGUGGAGAAGCCGUCGGGUGAAACGCCGGCGGGGGCAGAGGAGUUGCUGCCUGAGGUCCUCCAAGUCUCGUUCCCGAGGGGGACAUCCCUGACCAGCGGCGCUGUCGACCCGGGGGCCAUCUUGAGGGGCAUAACCCCUGAGACUGAUAGGGCUGCCCUCGGGGCUUAUAACGAUGCGGCCCUCGAGGACCACAUCCUCCGCUCCUCCCUUUCUGCUUGUCUAGCCCUCGGUGAACAUGCCCGGAGGCUUCAAGAAUGGCGCCUCCAUAAAGCCGAGCAGGAUGCCAAGAUGAAAGAAUGCAUCCUCAAAAAUAAAGAGGCGGUGAAGCUGGGGGCCAGGCUGGAAGAGGAGCUUCGGCAAAUGGAGCUGAGAUUGGGGGCUGCAGAGAAGGGCAAGGCCGAUGCUGAGGCCGCUGCUGAGGAGGCCAGGAGAGCUGCCAAAGAGGCCGAGGACUCCAAGGCGCUGGCCGUCGCCAAGGCUCGGGAGGAAGCCGUUGAUGCCUUCGUCGCCGAGGGCUGGAGGGCCGAGGGACGCAAGAUGUGGCUGUCCUCGGUUGUGGAGGCACACGUCGAGGAAUGGGCCGAGGGCCCUGGGUGGGAAUGGAUGGCCCGGAAGGGCAGAGAGUACUAUGAAGCCGGCGAAUUCUUCACCCAGGCCCUCAUCUACCGGAGGAUGGCUGUAAGGAAUAAUUGUAUUUAGAUUUUGAUGAUGCUAUAUUCAUUAGGACUUUAGAAGUACCCCUUUAGAAAUUAUGUAUUAGAAUUUUCCUUUGUAAAAUUCUUAGAUGUAUUCGACCUGACAGAAGUGCUUCAAGAGCAGAAGUGCUUCAAGAGCAGAAGUGCUUCAAGAACAGAAGGGCGCCCAGAGCAGAAGUGCCUCUUAAGGCGUUAUUGGAACAGAGGACCUUUGGUUCCCUGCUCCAGAACAGAAGUCCUCAGGACCUCUGUUAGUAUUGACUCUGACAGAAACCCUUCUGGGUCUCUGUUGGAUACUCCCAACAGAAGUGCUCCAGACCUCUUCUGUUCUACUCUCUGACAAAGACACCAGAAGGUCUGACACUUGGAAGAUUUUCAAAGAACCGGGAAGUCAACUUAAAGAUUCCUUCAACGGCUAGGAGUAUAAAACGGAAAAGCUACAGUGCAUGCAUUAAAUGCUCAUUUAAUGCACCCCAUGCUACGUAGAGUAAUUGCAGAUGAUUGGCCGGAAUGUCAGGAAUACUUUAUCCCAAAAUAGUAACCCGCCAACCUUACCGGGCUCUACUAGUCAAGUCAACUGAUCACUCAUUUAAUGCAGUUGUCCUCCUACUCCUCCAACGGGAAGACAACCUCAGUAUAAAAGAUACACUACGAAGAACAACCGGACAACUUUGCUAUAACCUUGCUAUCACAUUGCUAACAGAGCAAGAUAUUCAAACUCUGAAAAGCAAAAGCCUCCUUGAGAUUCAACCUUAGUAUACUCUACAAGAGAAGGCAGAAGUUGGAAAAAUUCUCUUUCCAACUCAAGCAAAGUUCCAAGUGUUCUUCAACUCUUCAAGCUCUUCACAUACACACAUUUUGUAACGAAGCUAGUUGGAGGAACCUCAGUUUCAACAGAAACUCUUCUUGCUACAAGAAGGACGUCCUAAUAACUGGAGUAGUGAAGUGGUGAUACUUCAAGGAGACUCAGUGAAAGGACCAGUGUUAAAGGAAGCCAGGCAGUGCAUCCCAGGACACAUCUAGACUUGAAGAAGACGUGGAGUACUUCUUAAGUGCUAGGACUAAGGCUUUGUAAACGGCAGUUUUUACAACUUAGUGGAACAGUGGAUUAGAGGAACGAGUUGUUCCUUGAACCACUAUAAAAAUCCCUGGUGUCAUUUACUUACUGCUUAUAAUUCUUGCACUUAGAUAGAACUGUAUAACUCCUUGGACUUGGUAUCUGUGUUCAGCAGAACUGGUUCUACGAGUUAACAGAAGGCCUUCUGCCUUUGUUUCUCUGAGGCUAACAGAACUCCCUGCCAGAACCCCAUCCGCUGCCAGUCUGUUCUCUCAACAGAACAGGCUAUUCUGAAAAUCUGGUACUUAGUUUAAAAAGCUAAAAACCAAUACAGUCUAUUCACCCCCCCCCCCCCCCCCCUCUAGACUGUAUCCAGUAUAACCGGGACCAACAAGUGGUAUCAGAGCCUCCUUGUUCUAAUAAUCUUUUAGGUUAUUUGUUGAACAAAGAUCCACUUGUUUUUCUGUUUUACCUCAUUUCUAUCUGAUAUAAUGGAUCAUUCCUUGUCCAAGAAUCUUAUGCUUUCAGAUCUUAAGUUUGAUGACUGGAGGAUCCGGAUGAAAGCACAUUUCUGUGCCCUGCAUGAUGAGAUGUGGGAAGUUCUUGAUAUUGGCCCCUUCACUAGCUUCCAGAAGGUCAACCCUGAACAUGCUAUAGACAAUACCAGACCCCAGAUGAUUAGCAAAGCCAAGUCAGAAUGGACCACUGAAGAGAGGAGAAAGUACAACUUAGACAAUAUUGCCAAGGACAUCCUCUACAAGUCCAUUGAUGAUAGAUACUUCAACAGGAUCAAGAAGUGCAAGACUGCUAAGGAGAUCUGGGAUACUCUUGAGCUCAUUGGAGCUGGUGAUGAGCAAGAGAAGGACAACAAACUAACCAUAGCCAACAAGAAGUUUGAUGACUUCAAACUUCUCCCUGGCGAAAGCAUCUCCAAGAUGUAUGACAGGCUCCUCACUCUCACUGGAGAGAUUUCUGAGCUUGGCAAGGAUCUCACAACCAAGGAGAUCAACCUGAAGGUGUUGAGGGGCCUGCCCUCAGCAUGGAAGAUGAAAGUAGUUGCUGUCCAAGCCAGCAAGGAUGUAAAGACUUAUCCAACUGAUAAGCUCAUUUCAGAUCUCAAAGCUCAUGAGUUUGAAAUGAUUGAAGAAAAGGAAGAUGUACCAGAAGAGAGGACUACUACAGCCCUCACUGCCAGCACAUCUAAGGUAAAUGAUUUUGACCCUUCAGUACUUUUAUCUGAUUAAUAUAUGGCUGCCUUUGCCAGGAGAUUCAAAAAGUUUAUGAAGAAUCCCAAAGAUGGAAGGAGUCCAUCUUUCAACAGAAAGCCAUACCAGAAGGUCAAAUCAACAGAAAGCAGUGGAGAGCUUCUCUGUUACAACUGCAGACAACCUGGUCACUUCAAGGCUGAUUGUCCCCAUCCUAGAGUGUCCAAGAAGCAAGGACAGGAUGGAGAAAAGAAGAAGUACGAGGACAACUCCAGAAGGAGAAAGGCACUUGUGACAGAACAGGUGGAGAAAGACCCUCUGUCAGAAACAGAAUCCAGUUCUGACUCAGAUUCUGAUGAGGCCUUCUGUUGCCUGGAUACUGAGACAGAAGACCUUUGCCUAAUGGCUCAUUCUGAUGAUGAGGUAACCUCUACUUCUGAAUCUAGUUUCUCUUCGGUAGGUUUAGCUUUUGAUUCUGAUUCAAUGUCAGAAUUUUGGGAAGAGUUUAAGGCCAUACAAGCCACUUAUUCUUCUGUAACAGAAGAAAACAGUAAGUUAAAAGCUGAAAUUCUUGACUUAAAGAAGGAGGUUGAGGUCAAAAUCAAUCUUCUAAUUGAGGAAAGAGAUCAACUGAAGACUGAAAAUGUUUCUCUUCUUAAGAGAAUAAGAGAAAUAGAGCCUCUCGAGAUUAAGUACAAAGCUUACCAGAAGGCCCAGUCUUCCAUGGAAAAGAUUGUGCUUGAUCAACAGAUUGGCACUGGUUUUGGUCUUGGUUAUGGCUCAACAGAAUCAGGUGAGCCUUCUGUAAUGCCUAGCACCAGAGUUGCUAAGGCAGAUAAGGUCAUAGAGUCACUGAUUUCUAGCCCCAUCUGUCAAGCUGGUGUAUCUGGCACCAAGGUUGUCCAUGAGGAAGUCAGACCAGAAAAGGAUAAGAUAAAGGUUCAACAGAAACCCUUUUUGAAAAAUAAUGAACCUGACAGAAAACCUAACAACAGAAGAGGUUUUCAGAAUAACAAAAAUAAAAGACCAUUCAUUGACAGACAACCUCAUGACAAUCGUGCUAGAAAUGAUUACCAGAAGGGCAAAUAUCAAGAGAGAGUUAACUUCAGGCAGAAGAGGUUGGCUGGUCAACUUCAGAAGCCCAAAAUUAACCGUCCCUCUGCUCUUGAUAGUAUAUGGGACUUCUUUCCAACAAAGAAAGCUAUGCAAAAGUAUGUAAACAGGAAGCAUGACCCUCACAAGCAUCUGCCCAAAGUGAAUCACACUUCUGUCUACUACAACUACCAGGUGGACAAUGGGUACCACCCACCAAGGUUUCACUUGAUGAGACCAAAAUGGUACCAACUACCCAGACUCCAUGACCCCCCAGGACCCAGCAUUGCUUGGGUACCUAAAUCUUUCUUUUGAUCUUGCAGGAACUGUGUUCUGGAGCCAUCUCUGAACAAGAAUGGUUUAUUGAUAGUGGAUGCUCCAGGCACAUGACAGGUGACAGAAGUUGCCUAACAGAGUUCCAGAAAUGCAAAGGACCCAGAGUUACCUUUGGAGGUAAUGACAAAGAAGGUCAAACAAAAGGAAGAGGAAAGCUGAUCAAAAACCAGAUCAUCAUUGAUGAUGUCUCAUAUGUCAAAGGACUGAAGUUCAACUUGCUGAGUGCUAGCCAGUUCUGUGACAAAGGCUACACUGUUGAAUUCACAAAGGACUUCUGCUAUGUGAAGCAUGAGACAACAAAGGAAGUGGUUCUUACAGCAUCAAGGAAAAAGAACAUCUAUGUAGUUGAUUGGAACACUGCAAAAGAUGGAGUUUGCCUGAUAGCCAAGGGAGAUUCAAAACUGAGCUGGGACUGGCACAAAAAGCUCAACCAUUUGAAUUUCAAAACAAUCAACAAACUAGCCAGAGAACACAUUGUAGAAGGGCUACCAGACAUUGUGUACAAGAGAGACCCUCUGCAGUGCAUGUCAGAAAGGCAAACAAGUAAAGAAUUCCUUCAAACCCAUUGCUGGAGAUCUUUCUACAAGUCCUCUAAAUCUGAUUCACAUGGAUUUAUUUGGACCUGUUGAGACUCCAAGCGUUGGUGGCAAGAAAUACACCCUAGUCAUGGUUGAUGACUACUCCAGAUACACAUGGACUGUUUUUCUGACAAAGAAAAAUGAAACUCUUCAGAAGUUGCCAUCUCUGUUAAAGCAAUUUCAGACUGAGAAGAACUUGAAAGUGAAGACAAUCAGAUCAGACAGAGGAACUGAAUUUGUCAACCAAGUCAUAAAGGACUUCUGUGAUCAGAAUGGAACAUUUCAUCAACUUUCUGCCGCCAGAACCCCUCAACAGAAUGGCGUAGCAGAAAGAAGGAACAGAACUCUAAAAGAAGCUGCAAGAACAAUGAUUGCAGAAUCUGGAUUGCCUAUGAGAUAUUGGGCUGAAGCAAUCAACACUGCAUGCUAUACUCAGAACAGAAGCAUGAUCAACAAGAAUCACCAGAAGACCCCUUAUGAACUUUGGAAGGGAAGAAAACCAAACAUCAGCUACUUUCAUAUAUUUGGAUGCAAGUGCUACAUUCUCAACAAUGGAAAGGAGCAUCUGAAAGUAUUUCAAGAAAAGGCUGAUGAAGGAGUCUUUAUAGGCUAUUCAAACACCAGUAAAGCCUAUAGAGUACUCAACAGAAGAACCCUACAUGUUGAAGAAUCGAUUCAUGUCAAGUUUGAUGAUCUCAACUCUGUUGAGAGCAUAACUGAAAACUUGGAGAAAGCGAAUCUCAAAGAAUCUCCAAAACUGGAUCCACCAGAGAUAGAUACACCAGAGUUGCUGACCAACUCUGCCAUACCAAUGAAUCAUCAGAAUCCCAUUCUGCAAAGCAAGGAUAGUGAUGAAGAAUCAGAAGAAGAACAAGAGAAUCGAAGGCAACCCCUAUCAGAACCUGAUCUUACUUGGUUAAGAGAUCAUCCUCCUAAUCAAGUAAUUGGACAAAUCAGAAGUGGAGUCCAAACCAGAUCCACAUCAAGGAGAGAAGCAAUGAUUGCCUGCUACAUAUCUCAGAUGGAACCUAUGACAGUUGAAGAAGCUCUUGCAGACUCAGAUUGGAUCAAUGCUAUGCAAGAAGAGCUCACUCAGUUUGAGAGGAACAAAGUGUGGGAACUUGUUCCUAGGCCAAAGCACCAGAAUGUCAUUGGAACCAAAUGGAUAUUCAAGAACAAAGCAGAUGAAGACGGCAACAUUGUAAGGAACAAAGCAAGGCUAGUAGCUAAAGGAUACUGUCAAGAAGAAGGAAUAGAUUUUGAUGAGACCUUUGCACCAGUUGCCAGACUUGAAGCCAUCAGAAUCUUUCUAGCCUGUGCUGCUUACAACAACAUCAAGGUCUACCAGAUGGAUGUCAAGAGUGCAUUUCUGAAUGGAGAUCUUGAAGAAGAAGUUUAUGUGGAACAACCACCAGGUUUUGUCAUUCCUACUCAAUCUUCUUGUGUCUACAAGCUUAAAAAGGCCCUCUAUGGUCUUAAGCAAGCUCCCAGAGUCUGGAAUGACACAUUGUCCCUUUUCCUAGUAAACCAUGGAUUUACUAAAGGAAAGGUUGACAAAACUCUAUUUCAAAUCUCUGUUGCCAAUCAUAUUCUGUUAGUACAAAUAUAUGUUGAUGACAUUAUAUUUGGAAGUACUAAUUCAGAACUGUGCAAGAAAUUUUCUCAAGUGAUGCAGAGUCAAUUUGAAAUGAGUAUGAUGGGAGAACUCAGUUACUUCCUAGGACUUCAAGUCAAACAAGUUCCAGAAGGGAUCUUUAUCAAUCAAGGGAAGUACACCAGAGAUCUAAUCAAGAAGUUUGGAGUGGAAGGCAAAUCAUCAGUGAAGAUUCCUAUGAACACCUCACAAGGAAUUGGUCCAGAUGAUGAAGGAAAGGAUGUAGAUGCAACAACAUACAGAGGAAUCAUAGGAUCUCUGUUGUAUCUGACUGCAAGCAGACCAGACAUCUCAUUCUCUGUUGGAAUCUGUGCCAGAUACCAAUCAAAGCCCAAGGAAAGCCAUCUAAGUGCUGCAAAGAGAAUCAUCAGAUAUAUCAAAGGAAACCCCAAUGCAGGCCUAUGGUAUCCCAAGGGAGGUAACUUUGAACUAAUUGGUUAUUCUGACUCAGAUUUUGCAGGUUGCAGACUAGACAGGAAGAGCACCUCUGGUCACUGCCAAUUGCUAGGAGGAAGGCUUGUUUCCUGGUUCAGCAAGAAGCAGAACUCCAUCUCAACAAGUACAUCUGAGGCAGAGUACAUUGCAGCUGGGAGUUGCUGUGCUCAGCUACUCUGGAUGAAGCAACAACUGAAGGACUAUGGAAUUCAAGCAAUGGAGAUCAAGCUGUUGUGUGACAACACCAGUGCCAUUGCUAUCACUCAGAAUCCAGUUCUUCAUUCCAGAACAAAGCAUAUUGAGAUCAGACAUCACUUCAUCAGAGAUCAUGUGGAGAAGAAACAUAUCUGCAUGGAACAUGUGCCAACAGAAGACCAACUUGCAGAUAUCCUGACAAAGCCUCUUCCUGAGGCUAGGUUCAAUAAGCUGAGAGAAGAAUUGGGAAUGAUGGAUGAGAUUCCAAGAGAAAGUUGAAAAGGAAGGACCUCUGUUGCUCAUUUGCUGUUGACAGAAUUCCUGUAGCAGAACCCCUUCUGUUAACCCUCCUCUGUCAACCUCUUCUGUUCUCUACCCUGGCAGAACACCUAUGCAACAGAAACCCUCUCUACAGAAAACCCUAUCUUGUCAAACAGAAAGUGGUGGACUUAGAAAAGAAAAUUAGUAAACCGGGUGACCUUGUAACUUAUUAAAGGUCUUUUACCCUUUUACCCUUAAAACGGUAUCCAGCCGUACAAAAUUUACUGCGCCCCCAUUUAUUUACUGCGCCUCUUUUUACAUUUAUUGGUUUCUUGGAACCGUAAAUUAUCUCAAACGUCCACUAACUCAUAUCCAUAAAACCCCCUUUCGCAAACCUAAACCGUUACUGCUCUCAUAACUCUCAAGCUUUUGAACUCUUAUCUCUCAGAAAUUUUCUAACCGCAGUAAACUCCAUGGCCAUCUUGAGCUUCUCCGAUCUUUCAAAGGAACAAAGGGCAACACUUCUCAAAAGUGUCUUGACUGGCCUGAGAUGCGAACUGGACGUACUCCCCAGGAUUGCAGAGAAAAAGGAGAGGAUGACCUCCAUUGUUGACGGACUGUCACAAUGCCAACUGAGCAAGGUCAUCUCUCAUGAUUAUGAGGCAUACAGCAAUAUGGACACAGUUGAGUUCUAUCUCAACGCAUCCUUCAAGGAUGAAGUCAUCUCCUCCGUUGUCCAAGGAGAAAAGGUGGUGGUUGAUGCUGACGUCAUCAACAACAUCUUCCAUAUUCAGCAAAAGGGAGGAAGGGACUCUCUACUUGACUUGGAAGAUAUUGACAUCCCUAUGUCAGAAUUCAAGAAAAAGUUCUGCAGAAAAGGGGAAGAAGUUGAGAAGGUCAACAUAAAGAAGCACCUGCUCAAGAGGGAAUUUGAUCUACUUAUAAACAUUUUCCACAAAUGUUUAUGGUGCAAGUACACCUCCACUGAUGAUGUUACAACGGCCAAUGCUAAAGCCCUGUAUGCAGUACAUCAUGGGGUAAAUGUCAAUUGGGGACAAAUCAUGGUGAAGUCCCUGAUUGAAGUGAUCAAGAAGAAGAAUCCCAAGACUAGCCUCUACUCUGGGAAGCUAGGGCAUGGUCUGCUCAUCUCUGAAGUGCUCCUCAAACAAGGGGUAAGCUUGAGGAAGGCUUCAGCCUUGGAUCAUACCAAGGUAAUUUUCUUGACUGCCUCUCCCAAUAGGGAAAAAGCCAUAAAGGCCGAACUGAAGAGGCAGCUUCAACUUGAAGCUAAGAGGAAACAGGGAGAAAAGGUACAGAAACCUCUCUCUGUAGCCACUUCUGCUAAGAAGGCAGAAAAGAAGAAGAAGAAGAAGAAGAAGACUGAAGGGGAAGCACCUCUUGCCCCCCCUAAGGCCGGACAGAAGAGGAAAAGGACCUCCAAACCCAAGAAAAAGGUUGCUCAACCUCUGGUUUCAGAAUCUGAAGGAGUGGCAGACACUCAGGGGGAACCAGAGAUCCCCACCUCUGCUGCAUCCCCUGAACAGAACAGGGUGCCAACUCCACCUGAGCACCCCAGUCCUGUGAAAGAUGGGUAUCUGUCCUUGCUUGACAGACAGUUUACCCGGGUCCUUGAAUGGAGAAGAUGGAGAAUGGGACCCCUCCACAAGAUAAUCCAAUUCUUUGAUCAUUAUGAGGCAGAAGAGGAAGCCAUCCUGAAUUGGGUUUGGACUGAUGAUGUCUCAAAGUGUUUUGCCCUCAACUUUCUUCACUCUGUCCUUGAGAAGAAGAAGGCCAGCUACAAUGGUAAGGCCAUUCUCAUUUCUUCACCCUCAGAGGAAGCUUUCAAACCUCUUGAAGAUGGGGAAAUUGAAGCCUUUGAAGAAUGGUUGUUCACUAAGAUGGCAACUGACUCUGUUCAGCCCAACUUCAACCCAGGAGAGUCCUCUGUUCUCAAGACAGAAGGACAAGCAAUGAUGGAGCAAAUCAGGGAAUGGAGGACUUCCUUGCUCGUGGACAACAUCAUUGAGGUAAACUCUCCAACCCCUUCUGUUUCUAUUCCAACAGAACCACUUAUUCCCUCACCUUCCACCAGCACAGAAACCCCUCCACCAGAACUCCCUCCACAUAAAUCUCCUGAACAGAACACCCCCACCCCUCCUCCAUCACCCAAAAUGAAAAUUGCAUCUCCUUGCAGAGCAAUUGUUCCCUACAGAAACCGCUCACCUUCACCUCCCCCAUCUCCCCCUCACCAGAAUGCCUCAUCCAUUCACUCCUCACCCAAACACCAGAACCCCUCACCCCAACAGAUCUCCUCCUCCUCAUCCCCAUCAGAAUCAGAUCAUCAAUCUCCUCCACCAGAAUCACCUCCUCCACAACAACCUGCAGGAAACCUAAAACCGUUAUGGUUUCUAAGAGACUCAGAUCCUACAACUAUCUCCCCCAUCUCUGCACCCAAAGGGUAUUCUAGGGACUCUGUUGCUCCCAAUCCCUCUCUGAGAAAGAAGAAGAAGGUGGUUCGCAACAGAAAACCUAUCUACUCUCCAUAUGAGAUAUCCUCUGACAUGGAUGGAUUCAUGGUCAGCAAAUCAUACAAAGCCACAUCCAAGAGACAGAAGACCCCUCCUCUGACUCAACUGGAACAUGACCAGCUUGUUCACUCUCUGUCAUCUGUCCAAGAACAUCACCCACUACCAAGGGGAAGAGGUCUAGAGAUGCCUCAAGCAGAUGGACAAAAGCAUGACAUUCCUUUCAACAAGUUUGUUGAAUCUGCAGAAGAGUUUGGAGGACAGAUCCUCCAAGGCUUGGACAAGCUGAUAGAGGUAAAUGAUAAGCACUAUGGGCAUCUUGCUCAUGUGAAUGACAAUCUGAAUUCAGGGAUGCAGUUCAUCUCUGACCGCUUUGAGAACCUCACUGGGACCCUCAACAACUUCAUUGCCUCCUCAACUGCCAGAACAGAUGUCCUGUCAACAGAAGUGGUAGGCAUCCACAACACUUUGUCAAUCUUUCAACAGACUCUCCUGAGUCAAGGACAGGCAAUCCACCAUAUCUCAGAGCAUCUUGAGGCUCUGAAGGAAUCUGAUGCCAGAACAGAGAGGCACUUGACCUCUAUUGAGCAGAUGUGCAGAACUCAUCAGGAACAGGCUCAAGCCCUCCUAUCUACUGACAGAGACCGGUAUCAGAAGAUGGUGCUCCUUGAAGCCAACAACAAGGACAUCUUCUCUGCCAUCCAGAAGCAGCAAGGUCUGAUUGAAGGCCUUACAUCUGUCACUCAGACAUUACCAGAGGCCCUGGAGCAGAUAGCCUCAACCCAAGCAUCAGAAUUCCAGAAGAUCAGUCUUAUGAUAGAAGACUUGAAUGAUGCCAAAAAGGGGGAAGAGGACCCUCAACAGACCAGGCCUAGGUCUCACAGAACUCCUACCAGAGCACCCUCCUCUGGUGAGCCUGCAGUAGAUCCGGCUCCCUACUUUGAGGCUGCCUUACAAAAGAAAAGGGCAGCAGGCAUACCCAGACCCCCAUCUCCAGUCAAGAAGAGCACCAAGAAGAAGAAAGUUUUCAACUUUACUGAAUGGAGAUUGGGUGGCUCUCAGAAUAUUGACAGAGCCCAAUUUGAGGAAAUGAAAGCCAAAAUGACUCCUACCCAACAACAGCACCUUUAUCUAGACAAAGAUGGUGUUGUCAGAGUUAGGUAUGGAGGAUCUCUUGAAGAAGCAGAAGAAUGGUACAAGAAGAACAUUGUCCCUGGAAAGACUGUGCAUGAAGGUGUCCUCAACUACUUGGACUGCAAACUCUCUCCAAUAUGGGCAUCUUAUCAAAGGUCGGGCAAUCUGUUCAGAAUCAGAGCUGAAAUAAAUGAAGAACUGCUCAGGCUCCAAAGACUAGAGGAAGAAGCUCUACAGGCAGCCAAUCUGGAGAAUGUGUAAGGCUUAAACUCUGUAAUAUCUAUCUAAUAAAAUCACAUCUCUGCCUUCUUACUUUGAAGUGCUUUUCCCUCAAAUUCUUGUCUUUUUGCUUUCUGUUUGUGUUUGUUUAUUUCUGUUAUAUUCUGCUAUCUGAAUGUAUCUUACUCUUACUAUUUUCCUAUGCCAAGUUGCCCACCAAGAUUUUAAUGGAAGUUUUUAAACUUAAUGUUUUUAUGGUGAAGGCACUUCUCUGGAAAUAGUUAAAGGGUUUUGGCAUCAUCAAAAAGGGGGAAAUCGUAAGGAAUAAUUGUAUUUAGAUUUUGAUGAUGCUAUAUUCAUUAGGACUUUAGAAGUACUCCUUUAGAAAUUAUGUAUUAGAAUUUUUCUUUGUAAAAUUCUUAGAUGUAUUCGACCUGACAGAAGUGCUUCAAGAGCAGAAGUGCUUCAAGAGCAGAAGUGCUUCAAGAGCAGAAGUGCUUCAAGAACAGAAGGGCGCCCAGAGCAGAAGUGCCUCUUAAGGCGUUAUUGGAACAGAGGACCUUUGGUUCCCUGCUCCAGAACAGAAGUCCUCAGGACCUCUGUUAGUAUUGACUCUGACAGAAACCCUUAUGGGUCUCUGUUGGAUACUCCCAACAGAAGUGCUCCAGACCUCUUCUGUUCUACUCUCUGACAAAGACACCAGAAGGUCUGACACUUGGAAGAUUUUCAAAGAACCGGGAAGUCAACUUAAAGAUUCCUUCAACGGCUAGGAGUAUAAAACGGAAAAGCUACAGUGCAUGCAUUAAAUGCUCAUUUAAUGCACCCCAUGCUACGUAGAGUAAUUGCAGAUGAUUGGCCGGAAUGUCAGGAAUACUUUAUCCCAAAAUAGUAACCCGCCAACCUUACCGGGCUCUACUAGUCAAGUCAACUGAUCACUCAUUUAAUGCAGUUGUCCUCCUACUCCUCCAACGGGGAGACAACCUCAGUAUAAAAGAUACACUACGAAGAACAACCGGACAACUUUGCUAUAACCUUGCUAUCACAUUGCUAACAGAGCAAGAUAUUCAAACUCUGAAAAGCAAAAGCCUCCUUGAGAUUCAACCUUAGUAUACUCUACAAGAGAAGGCAGAAGUUGGAAAAAUUCUCUUUCCAACUCAAGCAAAGUUCCAAGUGUUCUUCAACUCUUCAAGCUCUUCACAUACACACAUUUUGUAACGAAGCUAGUUGGAGGAACCUCAGUUUCAACAGAAACUCUUCUUGCUACAAGAAGGACGUCCUAAUAACUGGAGUAGUGAAGUGGUGAUACUUCAAGGAGACUCAGUGAAAGGACCAGUGUUAAAGGAAGCCAGGCAGUGCAUCCCAGGACACAUCUAGACUUGAAGAAGACGUGGAGUACUUCUUAAGUGCUAGGACUAAGGCUUUGUAAACGGCAGUUUUUACAACUUAGUGGAACAGUGGAUUAGAGGAACGAGUUGUUCCUUGAACCACUAUAAAAAUCCCUGGUGUCAUUUACUUACUGCUUAUAAUUCUUGCACUUAGAUAGAACUGUAUAACUCCUUGGACUUGGUAUCUGUGUUCAGCAGAACUGGUUCUACGAGUUAACAGAAGGCCUUCUGCCUUUGUUUCUCUGAGGCUAACAGAACUCCCUGCCAGAACCCCAUCCGCUGCCAGUCUGUUCUCUCAACAGAACAGGCUAUUCUGAAAAUCUGGUACUUAGUUUAAAAAGCUAAAAACCAAUACAGUCUAUUCACCCCCCCCCCCCCUCUAGACUGUAUCCAGUAUAACCGGGACCAACAAUGGCCCGACAUUUGGGCAUUGAGCAAAAGGACUUCUCCCCCUGGGCGUAUGGCCUUCCUCCCCUGCAGCCUGAUGUCCGUGAGUCGCUCCCGGAAGGUGUUCAGAGGCCCGACCUUGAGGACACGGAGUUGAAGAAUGAGGCCGAGGACGACGCUGUCGAGACCGGAGCGGAGGCAUCAUCGAGGCCGGCUGCAGAGGGCGCCCCGGUGAAUGAUGCUGUUGUAGUUGUAGAGUGACUUUGUAUUUAAAAAUCCUUGAACAUAUUUUGUAAUGAACAACUUUGAUCCUUCGGCUUCGGCCUGUUUGUAAAUUUCACACUUACUCUGUUUUUGAUGAAUGCAUGCUGCCCUCGGCCUCGUGGAGGAGGGUGGCGGCAGCCACGACGCCGACGAGCCUGUCUCAUCCCAAACAGGUACGAAAAAAGUAGAUCUGAACUAAUGCAAAAUAAUUUUGAUAAGUGGAAGGACCCGAACACCGGGAAUUGGAACGCAACUUGCAAGUGGUGCAAGAAAAAUUAUAGCUUGAGGAUUUCCGGCGGAUACGGAUCCGCCACAAGGCAUCUUAAAUCCAAACACCCGGUGGAACGAGGAAGCAAACUCAAAUAUCGAGAUUUGCAAAUAACCAACAACCUUUUGAUGAUGACUUUGACGUUCUAAACUGGUGGAAGGGAAAAGAAAGAAUGAUCCAGAUUUUAGCAAAGAUGGCUAAGCAAGUAGCCAAGUGCUAUCAAUGUCGGUUUCAACAGUUGCCGUCGAACAAGAAUUUAGUUUGGCCGGCAAUGUCCUAACACAAUGUAGAACGAGGUUGAGCGCAGAAUCUCUUGAGAUGCUUAUAUGCUACCACCUCAUCCCAACACUUUAUUGAUGAAUCUACAAUCGAGAGUGGCUCUACCUAUUACGGAGAUUCUGAUUGAUUAGCAUUUCAUGUUUUAAUUUUACCUUCAAUUCUCAAUUGUAAUUUCAUAUUGUAUUUUUUCCUUAAUUGUCAAAUCUAGUUCCUAUUUCAUUUCAAAUAAAUGCACUUGAAGUUUGUUUUUAAUACUUGUAUAAAACUAUAAAGUAUAUUAUAAAAAAAUGGAUUUAACCGGCCCAGCCCGUAGGGAUGGACUGGGACCGGGCCAACCGGCCCAGAACCGGACCGACCCGCUACUGUGCGAACCCGGACCGACCCGGUGAACCGGUUGGUUGGACGGUUCGGUCCACCCGGCCCGGUGGGAACUCGGUUCGGGCUCGGUCCCUUCAAAAGGUGAACCAGCCCGGCCGGUUCAGGCCCGGGCCGGGCCAAUUUUUUUUUUUUUUUUUUUUUUUUUUUUUUUGAUUUUUUUUAAAAUUUUUGGGUUGGGCUGGGUAUUUUGGGCCAUUUGAGGUGGUUAGGGUUGGCUUGGGGGUGAGGGGGAGGGUUGGGGGUUAACUAGGAAAAGCCCAAAAAUAUAUAUAUAUAUUUAUAACCGAGACCCGGCCCGGACCCGGGGGUUACCCGGGCCGGUUCCAGGCCUCCCAUACCUUGAACCGAGGCCCGGCAGGUUCAAGGCCCGAACCAGGCCUGGCCCGAACCAAGUCCAUCCCUACCGGCCCGACGGGUGGCCUGACCCGUGACCCGGGCGGGUGGCCCAGCCCGAACCAGAACCGCCUUUACCUCGAGCCGAUCCCGGGCCCACCAUUCACAAACUGGCAGCCUGACCAGACCUAGGCCAGGUCCGACCCGGCCCGAAUCCAUGCCUAGUUCAACUUCACAUCAGUUGGAAGACGGUGCUUCAGUAGUGUGAGCCUGUGAGUAGGAGUGGACUCGGGCCGGGCCAACCGGCCCGAAACCGGACCGGCCCGCUACUUUGCGGGCCCGGACCGACCCGGUUUGGCGGUUAGGUCACGGUUCGGGCCACCCGGCCCGGUCAUCAAGCGGUUCGGUCCCGGGCUCAUAUGUUGGUUUUCUUUUGAAAAAAAGUAGAGCAACUCCCGCUACUGAACAAAGCUCAGGUAACGAGCUUUCUUUGUAUCUAACAUUGAAUGUUGAUUAUGAAGUUGGUGAUGACUUUGACGUUCUUAAGUGGUGGAAGGAAAAUGAAAGAACAUUCCCGAUUUUAUCAAAGAUGGCGAAGCAAGUGCUAGCAAUGCCGAUAGCCCGAUAUCAACCGUUGUCGUGGAACAAGAAUUUAGUGCGACCAGCAACGUCCUAACCGAUUAUAGAACGAGGUUGAGCCCGAACUCUCUUGAGACACUAGUUUGCUUUCACGAUUGGUUGAAGGCCCAACGAAGAACUCAAGAAAUUACCAUCACUCCCACCCGCCACUUUACGGAGGAAACAACCGAAGGCGUAGAUUCCGAUUGAUUUUUUAUUACAAAAUGUAUUACAUUUUUUAAAUUCAUCCUAAUUCUCAAUUGUACUUCUUAUUUGAAAUAAAUAUACUUCAAUUCGAAUAUAAUAUAUUGUAAUUGUAAUAAGAAUUAUUCUAAUUAUAUAAUAUAGGGAAAAGGGGCAAAUAAGGCCGCGUACUAAUAAAAAAAAGGUCAAAUAAGACCUUAUUUGUGAGACUCUGUCCGGCCUUCGCCAUUUGGGUUGGUUCUCGGUGGAAUUUUUUGAUGAAUUUUUUUUAGCAUCUUAUUCAGUAAGUCUAGUUUACUCA